AUGACUCUCACAGGCCACUGCCUCUGCGGCGCCGUCACCUACUCCAUCGCCGUCGACGCCCCGCUCAUCACGGGCUACGACCACUGCGACGACUGCCAGCGCCAGACCGGCUCUUCCUACUCACUGGUCGCAGUCGUCCCCAAAGCCGCCCUCACCGUCUCAGGCCCCACCAAAUCCUGGGCCGGCAAAGGCUCCUCCGGCAAACCCGUUCAUCGCAUUUUCUGCUCUGAAUGCGGCAGCCCGCUUGCGCAUGACCCCGAAGCCGCGCCUGAGAUCAUUGCCAUCAAGGCCGGGACGUUGGAUAGUGACAUCAAGAAGACUCUGAAGCCGGAUACCGAGAUCUGGACAGUCGGAAAACUGCCCUUUGUCAAAGAGAGUCUGCCUCAUGCGUUUGAGCAUAUGCCUUCUUAA